AUGAGCGAAGGACGUAAUUUUGAGGUGGUGGCUGAUAUUGUACCUCCAGCUCCUGUGGAGGAAAUACCCGGCCAACCCACUGUGGGCUUGGAAUCAACAUUUGACAAAGUUUGGAGGAGUCUCGAAGAAGAACAUGUAGGGAUGAUCGGCUUAUAUGGGUUGGGGGGCGUUGGAAAGACCACCCUCUUGACACAAAUCAACAAUCAUUUCCUUAAAACAUCCCACAAUUUUGAUGUCGUAAUUUGGGUAGUGGUUUCAAAAACUCCAAAUCUAGGGCGGGUUCAAAAUGAGAUUUGGGAGAAGGUGGGAUUCUGUGAUGAUAAAUGGAAAAGCAAAAGCCGCCAUGAGAAAGUCAAAGACAUCUGGAGAGCCUUGAGCAAAAAGAGGUUUGUGAUGUUGUUGGAUGACAUGUGGGAGCAUAUGGAUCUGUUAGAAGUGGGAAUUCCACCUCCCGACCAACAAAAUAAGUCCAAGCUGAUAUUCACCACUCGAUCUCAGGACUUGUGCUGGCAAAUGGGAGCUCACAAGAAGAUCCAAGUGAAAUCUUUGGCAUGGAAGGAUUCGUGGGAUCUGUUUCAAAAAUAUGUGGGAAAGGACGCCCUUAAUUCUAAUCCAGAAAUACCUGAGCUGGCUGAAAUGGUUGCAAAAGAGUGUUGCGGUUUGCCACUGGCGAUAAUUACCAUAGGGCGAGCCAUGGCUUCUAAAGUGACACCCCAAGAUUGGAAGCAUGCAAUUAGAGUACUGCAAACACGUGCUUCAAAUUUUCCAAAGAUAAAGAAGUUGCCGAUUGAGAUGAAGAAUCUCGUACAAUUGAAGGCUUUGAGAUUGUGUACAUCUAAAGUCUCUUCAAUUCCACGAGGACUAAUAUCAAGUCUUUUAAUGCUGCAAGGGAUUGGCAUGUACAAUUGUGGACUUUAUGAUCAAGUAGCUGAAGGAGGCGUUGAAUCAUAUGGUAAUGAGUCCUUGAUAGAGGAAUUGGAGAGUUUGAAAUACUUGACGGAUUUAAGUGUCACCAUAGCAAGUGCCUCUGUGUUUAAGAGAUUUUUAAGUUCCAGAAAGUUACCGAGUUGCACUCAUGCAAUCUGCCUCAAGAUGUUCAAAGGUUCAAGCUCACUCAACCUAUCAUCUCUCGAAAAUAUGAAGCAUCUCGCUGGGCUUACGAUGAAAGAUUUGGAUAGUUUGAGAGAGAUUAAGUUUGAUUGGGCAGGGAAAGGAAAGGAAACAGUGGGGUAUAGCAGUCUCAACCCGAAGGUCAAAUGCUUCCAUGGCCUUUGCGAAGUGGUCAUCAAUAGAUGCCAGAUGUUGAAGAAUUUGACAUGGCUUAUUUUUGCCCCAAACCUCCUAUCUCUUACAAUAGGACAAUGUGAUGAAAUGGAAGAAGUGAUAGGUAAAGGUGCAGAGGACGGAGGAAAUCUGAGCCCAUUCACAAAACUCAUGCGACUGGAGUUAAAUGGUUUACCCCAACUGAAGAAUGUGUACCGGAAUCCCUUGCCCUUUCUUUACCUUGACAGAAUUGAAGUAGUUGGGUGUCCAAAGCUGAAGAAGCUGCCACUCAACUCCAACAGUGCCAAUCAAGGUAGAGUUGUGAUGGUAGGAAAGCAAGAGUGGUGGAAUGAAUUAGAAUGGGAGGAUGAAGCUACUCUAACUACUUUCCUUCCCAGUUUCAAAGCAAUAUAA